UAUGCUGUUCCGUCAGCGAGUGAAGAGUUGGGAGCUGACGAGUCAUAGGAAGACCUUCACUUAUAUAAAAGAAGUGCUCUCCCCGGCUUCAUUCUGUCAUGCGGCAUCAUUGAUCCUCAAGCCAUACUUCCUCCAAGAGGUCCUCACUAUCCUGCUUGAUUGGUUAAGAACCUUCCUGCUCACUGGUCUCCUCCUUCGUGACUGGAUUGGUCUCCUUCUCAUGACAUCAGUUUUCACUUGUCUCCUGUACAUCCAAAUUAUUAUCUUCCAGUUGGUCGUUCUUCGUCAGAGGAAGGAAUUGCGAAGCUCACUGAGUACAAUCGUAUUCUUCCCCUGGUACCGUCUUAUGGGUUUAAUGUUUCGGCUCUGUGCACUCUGUCAGAACUUACUUGUUUACAGCCACGAUAGAACUUUCCUCAAGAUUGGUCAGCGAGAGGACGAGAUCCGCGAUAUACCGCCUUGCCCUCCUCAUCCUGAUGUGGACUGGUUUUCCAUCUGGAUCGAGGAUGACUUACCCGUCUCCUCGCCUCCAUCAGAGAAGAAGCAACGGAGUCGAAGGACUAAAUCGAGAGAUCCUAGGGCUCCCGGCGAUUCUAUGAGAUCAGUCGGGAAGUAUAAUAAUUCUUUCAUCCCUGUUGGUGUACAACAACAGCAGGAACCCUUGUAUUACAGUUAGAGCCGGUCACUAUAGCGGCGUGUGCCGCCUGUAUAUCCAUGACUAGCGCAUAGCUACUGUUAACACGGUCAGUAUGCGAAAUUCUAAUCGAUUCUUUCAAUUCAUGUGAUGAUAAGUUCAUUUUGUUCAUGGUGGAUAUAUGCGGG